CUGGCAAUAUUGCCGUGGGUUACCGGCUCUUUGAUAUGCCCACAGAACACGUCCACGCUUGUUUGCUUUGGCACGAUCUUCUCUACAUAUUCCCUGGCGUGUUGAUUUGCUCAGACAAGUCUUUGGCUAGACCCUCAUCUUGGUUUGAUUUGCGCAAACGACCCAUACCCCUCUCCGGACUGCCCUUACACGUCAAGACUUCCGUGGGCAACAGCCAAGGCAAUGGGACAACUUAUCGUGUACUGGUUCGCCUGUAACCACUUCAUCCCCCACUUCCAGAAAAAGCCUCUCGAGACGCUGGACUACCCAAUAGGGGCAGACCCUCGCACAACCGCUGCAAUCGUGGCACAACUGUGUCCUAUCUGCUGGGGGCCCCAAGACGCGGUCAACGACGAUCGCAAGAGCUUGCUCUUCGAUUGUGAAGAUCUAUCGCUUAUCCUCGAUAUGUCCUCAAUGGACCCGGAGUUCGUCCACGCCGUGGUCCGCUUCUACGCUCGCGGGGACUUCAGACGCUGGGGCCAGCCUGAAGCAGCCGGCGCGACUUUUCCGGCCGAAGAUACCUAUCUGGAGGAGAUGGAGAUGGAGUCGAUCAUGAACACCACGGGCCAUAAACACUACAGCACACAUCCUGGCUACGCGUUUGAUGCUGCCCUGGCUGAGAUCCGGAGAUCCGACCCAGAUAACUACACUACCCUCAACUGGGCCCGGGAGAACUACUUGCCAAAGACCGAGUGUUUGUAUCUGAACUUCCCAAUCCUAUAUCCCGCCAAGGUCUCAAAAGCCGUCGCCGCUCUGAUCAAGCGAGAGGAAGCUCGAAACAGCAAGGCACUGUGUGGAAACGCAACCGCAUGGACUCUGCCGCAACAGGGAGACGCUCAGCUGGAUCAGCCUGAGAUGAUGAACAGCGACCAGCCGGAGGACACCGAGACCAACACACAGCCCCAGCCCAUCCACUUCGUCAAUUCUGAACCAGUCAACCCCCUGGAGAGCACCGAGACCAACACGCAGCCCCAGCCCGUCCACUUCGUCAACCCUGAUCCAUACAUUCCUCAGGACCUGCGCAUUGGUACGCCCUUCGUGCUCACCGACCCCGAAUUCGAAGAGCAGAACCCAUUCGCCAGCAACGACCCUUCUGAUAAUCGACCUGUCCCGCUAAGUCUCAGCAAGUCCGUCUACAACCAGCCUAAACCAGCCUCAAACACCGCCAGCUGGCUUCGUCCCCUCCCAGGCACGGGCUAUCCAGAGUUUGAAGAAACCGGCAAUUUCAACGACUACAUCGCACACCCGUACAUAAUGUACACUCCAACUCCAUUGGCCUCCGACCGACGCGCCGGGAGAAUCAGACGAGGCAAGCUGCCCAUUCGAGACUCUCCGACUUCUGACUGUACCGGGUCCGACACGCAGCAGGAGCAGGAGCAGGAGCAGGAGGAGCAGCAGCCCACGACGCCCCCCACACUGCGCAGGUUCUCAACCCCGACCUACGACGAAGUCGAGCUCACCCCCCUGGCCGCGACUACCGAUUGCGAGGACGGCGAGCUCACCCCUAUUGGCGAGUUUGUUCGUCAGUACAAUCGACACAGGACUUUGGCUGGGCCGGCUUAUCGGACUUAUACUCAGACUUCUCCGCCCUUCUUGCCUUCUGAGGCGACGUCGCCUGAUGAUGUUAAGGUUAUUCCCAAUCCCAAUUUCAACCUCGAUUCCCCCAGUACUGAGCCCAAAACUCCGUAUCAUCCCUCUGACUUGGAUUAUCUUUUCUUGUCUUGAGGAUGGUUGGGUUUCGUGCUGCCUCUUUUGGGUGAAUGUGUUGUAGCCCUUUUCUGGACUUGAGCAUAGGUAUGGGGCUGGAAGCGUGGCGUUGUUGGUUUUGUCUGGCUGUUGCAUACCCUUUUUUGAUGGGACUUUUCUAUGUCUUUCUCUGUUUCUUUGGAUCUUCUUCGCUUUGUUGUCUUGCUUUUUUUUUUUUUUUUUGCUACUUCGUUGCUUCUUUGCUUUGCUUCCUUGCUUUGCUAAUUCGCCAAUAUGUUUCCUUGCUGGUUUUGGUUUGUUUCAAUAAUUUGCUACUUCAAUGCUUUCCUGCUUUGCUUCAUUGCCCUUUGCUAAUUUGC